UGUAGAUUUGAAUUUAAUUUUUUUGAGGAGAAGAUUGUGGUUAAGAGAAUGGAGUAUUUUUAUAACGAACAUCAAUUACCCCUCCUUAUAUCCUUUCGAUUCCAAAGGGUAAGGGAAAGGCUUGCAUCGGCAGCGGAGAAAGAAGCUUUAAAAGUUAAUAUUGAUGAAGAGUUGUCAAUAAGUCUAUCAGACAAAGAAUGUUCUCGUAAUCUGAGACAAUUAAAUAAAAAUUCUGUUAAAAAUGCACAAAUAUGGGAAAGAAUAAAUAAAGGAGAAUUACAACAACGUUCUGGUGUUCAUGUAGCUAUAGAAUCUUACAAAUGUAGUGGGGAAGUAGUUAGAGAUUUAAAUUGGACAGGACAGCAACAAUUAGAAAGGCAAAUGAUUGAGAACAUAAAAUUAGAUUCUUCGAUAAUGAGGCAAUAUAUUGGGACUUAUAGUGGAUUAACACGAUUUAAAUGGGAUUACGGUACAGAACAAUUUGGCGUUGAUUUAUUCGAUCCUCGCUUCAGGCCUUGGUUUAUUUCAUCAGAAAGUUCACCUCGCGAUGUUCUUUUUCUGUUAGAUUUAAGUGGAAGUGCUAAGGGAAUGAGUGCACAUUUAAUUAAAACGUCUGUUGGAGCUGUUUUACAAACUUUAACACCAAAUGAUUUCUUUUCUGGUAUUUGGUAUAAUAGUAGAAGGGAAAGAGUUUUGGAUAAUUGUACUGGAACUUUUGAUUCUUUUGUACAGGCAACUAGUGGAAAUAAACUUUUAUUCCGCCGUUUAUUGGAUCGCGUAGAAGAGCGAGACCAAGCCUCACUUCCGGCAGCUUUGGAAAUGGCUUUUGAUGAAUUUUUUCGUUCAACUAAAAGCAAAGACAACAACAAUAAUAAUACUUCUCCUCCUCGAAGAAGUGGAGGGCAUAGUAUUGUUCUUCUCUUCACCGAUGGAAUAGAAUUUUGGCCGGCAGAAGUAGUCCAAAAACUUCAAAAAGAACAUCCCUCCGCUGAACCUAUAAGAGUUUUUGGACAUUCUGUUGGGCAUGGAAGGGAUGCACAAGCAGCUAUUUCUUGGUUAAACUGUUGGACACAUGCUGGACUUUCCCAAGCAGUUAUUGGUUCUAUAGCUGAAGUUAGAAUGAAAGCAAGAGAUCAUUUAAAGAAGUUAAAUGAAAUAUUGGCAUUGGCAUAUCGGGACAAAGCAGCGAACCCCGAAAAUCGACAAAUUACUUGGACACCCCCAUAUAUGGAUGCACAAAAAGGAGGUCCUGUCUUAACUCUUUCAAUGCCUUUAUUAGGCAAUCAACCAAAUAUUUACAAUUAUCUCGAUUUUGCCAAAAUUAAUUUAACAAAUUCAUCACAACAAAAUAUUCAUUUGGAUGGAUUUAUGGGAAUUGCAGCGAUUGAUAUUGCUUUUGAAACGAUUGGAAAGAUUUUAUCUUUGGAAGGGGAAUUUGAUUUAACUCAAGCAUAUGCAUUUAUUGUGGACAAUAAUGGAUUGACUUAUUUCCAUCCAAGAUUAAAAACUCCCCCAGCAGAAAUAUUUAAUGUAAGAAGAACACUUUGUCACCGAACAUCCACAUUAAUUCGUUCAAAUGUUCGAGUACCAUUUUCUAGAGCCGAUGAAUUUAUUCAGCAGCAAAUGGGUUAUAUAGAUUCAAUUCCCCAUACAGAUAUUUUAAAAUUACUUGAAUUGGAUGAAGAAGAAAGGGAAAGAGAGGAGGGAGAUAAACUUUUAAUUAAAUUUAGAGAAAAUUUAAUUUUUGGAAAAUGUUCACAAACACUCGAAGAUGAUAAAAGACAAUUUCGUUGUUUUCCAAUUCCAGACACUCCUUUAAUUGCUGGAUUUGUGUUGAGGAAAGGAAGACCGAAAAUUAUAUUGAGAGGGCAGCCGGAAAUGGAAAAUCCUUUUGAAUUAUCUGAACGUCUUAAAUCAAGCUUUGACGGCAACAGAAAAAACAUUAAACAAAUAAAUUCACAAUCAAUUAUUCCUUCAUCUACUGGAUUAUUACUUCGAGAUGAUCAACUCCAACAAUUUUCAAUGUCAACAGAACUAAGCCGCUUCAAACCUUUGAAACAAUUUAAUUAUUUACUUGAAUUACUUCCCUCAACUUCAAGUAUCGGCUCUUUACUUCUCUCUCAUUUAUCAGCAUUAGCUUUAAAUGAAUUAAUUCCUUUAUGGUCAAAUAAAUUGGAAAAGAAAUGGGAAAAUGUUGAUUUAUGUUUAAAUGAAAAUUUAAUUAAACAAAAACAAAUAUCAACAACAACAUUUAUUAGAACAUUUUUAGAAUUUAAAUCUACAGCUAUUUUAGGUUAUCCAGGAAUUAUUGCUGUUUUCCCUAAAUGUAAAUUGUCAUCUAUACGUUCAUUUUUUCAUAAUUCAUUUGAAAAUGACAAUGGUUAUGAUAACAAUGUGAUUGUCCAUUUUGAUACAGAAAAAGAAUUAAUCACGGUGGAGCAGUCUGUUGGUGUGGUUGAUCCAUCACGAAGUAAUUCGUUGGCGAGAAUUGGGGUUCAAUUACGUUCUAAUUAUUUACAACAAAAAUUCCAAUUAGCUAUAAAAACAAAAACAGAAAAUGGUUGGACAGAAUGUUCAACUACAAAUAAACAACACAGAAAUUGUUUAUUAUUAAAUUCUGAUUCUUUUGUUUUAGCUUCCAAUCAAAAUUCUGAAUUUAUUCCUUUACAUUUAUCACAAAUUGAGCCAGAAUUAUUUAAUGAAUUUUUGGAAAGGGAAUUAAUUAAAAAAAUAACUUGGAGAAACCCAAAUUCUCUUUGCCCUAUGAUUCUCGAAACUUCACGUCUUCGACAACAACAACAACAAUUUUCUUUACUCCAACAACAAAAUUUAGACAAUUCUUUAUAUUAUUCUUCUUCUUUAUUAAUUAAUUAUUCUCCUUUUUUACAAUUUUUAACUUUUCUUUUUUCUUGGUUAGACUUUCUGAUUCCUUCUUUUCAUGUUUUUGCAACAAAAACAACCCAAACAGACCAAUUUAUUCCAUUAGAAAAUAUAGAAUGUGACGAUGAAGCUAUAAAUUCACAGCCUAAAGAAAUGCUUGAACAUUGUAUUAUUGAAAAAACAAAAUUUCGAAUUAAAUUAAAAGAAAAACAAAAAGGGGGGUCAACAACACCUUUUUGGAUACGUGAAAAAGGAUGUAAUCGGUUAGAAAAUUAAAU